GCGUGAAGUCAUGGGUAAAAAUCAUCUCAUACACGAUGCCAUAUCGCAAGGGGAAUAUGAAAUAGUGGAAAAGUUACUUAUUUACUUGAAUUUCCACUCGGCAAAUCAAGAUUAUUUGGAAGAACGUGAUAAUUCGGAGCGUACUCCUUUCCUUUGUGCUGCAUUUCACGGCGAGACACAAAUCCUCGCAUUGCUUAAAAGGUGGAAUGCUGACGACAGUGCCGUUGACGAAUACGAGCGAUCUGCAGUACAUCUUGCUGCUAAGGAAAAUCAUGUUGAUUCUUUGAGAUACCUUCUUGACAUUGGAUUGAGCGCAAUUGCAAAAGAUAAUUUUGGACGUCAACCUCAUCAUUUGGCAGCUUACAACAAUGCUGACGAUACGUUAAAUGAACUUCUGGAGUUAGAGAUUGUGGAAUUAGACGCCCGUGAUGAUUGGUUACGCACUCCAUUGCACCUUGCAGCGAAAGAAAACUGUUGCGAUGCGCUUGAAACUCUAAUUGACUACGGAGCCAACAUUUACGCUAGAGAUAAUUACGGGCGGCAGGUUCAACACUUGGCUGCCAUGACUGGUGCCGAUGAGAGUUUGGAAUUCUUGUUUAGCCUUGAAAGACCUAAAGUUCGAUUGAACGCACGCGAUUCUUGGAAUAGAACCCCUUUGCAUCUUGCGUUUUUACAUGGGCAAGAAGAUACACAAAGACUUUUGCUUGGUCUUGGAGCUGACCCUUAUGUGACGGAUAUUAGAGGAGAAACACCUGAAUCUUUGGCCUAGAAAGGAGUAUUUGCGUGUUCAAUGAUUCAAACGUCCAGAACUCACUGCAUGGACUCUACAUUAUUGUAAUGUACAUGUGAACGGUGUUUUGCAGGUUGAAUGGACCUACCUAAAAUGAUGUUUAAAAUGUGAAUUCAAUUAAUUCUUUUGCCAGACAUAGACCUUACAUUCUUGUUAUAUUUUCUGUUGUGACCAGUUUCACAAAAUAUGAACGCAUUUCAGAAUGGUAGAAAGUAGAUAUUUUAACUAAUCACUUUCAGUAAUCAAGGCUUCCUGCUUGAGAGUUCAGUAAAAAGUCUAGUUCAUUAAUUUUUAUUUUGUAUUGUACCAUCUCGUCUUCUUCAUCUUUAACAGUCGUACCCGCUCUCUAAAAUUCAGGCAUUUCUUCGCAUCAACAUAUAUUUAAAAAAAUAUGAUACACUCUAUAAAUGAGAACUUAACAGAAACGUAGUUGCUGUUCACUCACAUUAAUGAAGGAAGCAACGCCUGAAAAUCUCAUUAAUGUGUGUUUGAUCGUGUUACUGGCUCAAGGUAUCGGCUGUCCGUUGUCUCUGUCGUGUCAAAGGAGCAAGGUUUCUUCUGCAGCGGUCUGCUUCUGCCGUAGAGUGCUUUAUAGUACUUUGAUGGUUUUGAGGUGAUUAAUUUAAAUACAUUCCAAUUGUCCAUAACUCUGAAGGACCACCAUGGAAUGUUCAUUGAACCUGCUUCUAGCUGUAAAGCUAAUCGAUUGGGAAGUAGUCACCAUCUCACAGAAUUAAACACUAGAAAUCUGAAUUAAGAUGUAUAAUUAAACUGACUAGUUACAAAUAUAGAAUGAGUUCAAUAUGCUAUAUGGAAGCAUAUUCCAAUUAAUUUAAUAAUCAAAGAACCAGAUAAAGAUUGUCUGUGAGUGCCUCGAUUAAUAAGCUUGUAAAUAACAGUUCAAUACAAUUACAUGAAUUCACAACUGUGUGGAAUUUAUAUAAAAUAACCAUAUACAUAGUGAUGAAAGAGAAAAUACACAAUUUUUCGUGUGCUGUGUAGGUCUGGCAGAUGAUGAUCCUGGCUGGAUGCCCAGAUGAGGGGGCGUUGUUGAGAGGUGUUCUCAUUGAAGGCUUGAUGACAGUCAUUACCUUUCUGAGGACAUGAAUGGCAUGCCUGUAGAACGGGCACUGAUAAAGUUGGAACAAUAAAAUUGUUAGUCCACACGUUAAAUGAUGUGAUUGAAAUUGCUGUUGCAAUAUUAAUUAACUCAUUCUACCACAGAGGUAGUAACACAGUUCAGAUUGAUAACAAUGCACAGCUUAAAUGUUAAGAGUGAAACAGUUCAAAUUACUGCGGAUGCAAUGAUUGAGAUAUACGUUACGUAGCAGAGGCAGUAACA